UCAGAACGCAGUUGACUUUACCCAUUAUUCGAUCGAGUCUCACUCGGCUAUUUUCUGUUUAAAGAGUUCGCAAAGUUGUACGAAUUGUUAAUCAUGAAGUCGCUCCUAGCCGUACUCUUGCUCGCAUCCACUGUUUUGGCUCAAGAUGCGUGCAAGCCCGGAUCGUUCUUCAAGAUCGACUGUAAUAUGUGCUCGUGCUCGAUGGACGGCAGUAUUGCGGCUUGCACAAUGAUGGCCUGCCCGAAGAUGAAGGACGAACCGAAAAUUCAGCCCGUCGAUACGCUACGCAAAAGCAUGAGAUGCAAGCCCCAAAGCGUUUUCAGCCCGGAUAACUGUAAUCUGUGCAGAUGCAGCGACGAUGGCACGCAAGCCCUGUGCACCCUGAAAAUUUGCGCUCGAAGCCUCGCAGCGACACCGAAACUAAUGUGCGAGCCGAAUAAGCCGUAUCGCGAUUACUGCAACGAGUGCGUGUGCUCGAGCGACGGAACAUUGUCCAUCUGCACGAAAAUGUUCUGCGACAAAAACGUCUGGAACAAAGACGGCAGCGUGAAAAUCAACUCGAGCAAGAAGCAGCAGCAGCAGCAGCAAGUUUGCACACCGAAGAGCCGCUUCCAAGAGAACUGCAACAGCUGCUUCUGCUCCGACGACGGCCUGUCGAAAUUCUGCACGAUGAUGGACUGCGACGCCCUCAAACUGCCCACGAGGCAGCAAAAACAGAUCUGCUCUCCUCGCUCGACCUUCGUGGAGGAGUGCAACACUUGCGUCUGCUCGGAGGAUGGACUGAGCAAGGCCUGCACGAUGAAGUUCUGCGCCAAAGACAACAGCGAAAUCGUCGACGAGGCGGCCGAGCAACAAUGCCAACCUGGCAUGACUUAUAGUCCGGACGGAUGCAAUACCUGCAUCUGCAACAAAUACGGCACGGCGUCGGCUUGCACCUUCAAACUCUGCGUCAACGAUGCGAUAACCAUCACGAGGGAUGAGCCAAACGUACGAGCUUGGGGUCCUAAAUACAAUCAAGGCGACUCGUGCACUCCCAAUUCCGCUUUCUACAGCGAGUGCAAUCAAUGCGUCUGCUUGAAGGACGGCAAGAGUGCCUACUGUACGUUCAUGUGGUGCGGGGCUCUAUCUGGAUUACACUAAUUUCAUAAUUCAUAAUUAGUUAGGCCUAGAAUAUUUAAAAAAUUAUAUUUGUUUCAAAUACAGAUAAUCGAUGUAAUAUAUGAAACGACGCGAACAAAAUUUUCAUGCAUAGCAAAGUUCAACGAUCGUUCAUACAUGCAUCAUCUGUCAAUUUCGAUCUAAAUUAGAUUGCUUAGCGUGUAAGGAUCAAGUCACCUAUAGUGAUAAAGACUGAUUGGCGAAAAUGUUUUAGGUUUUUCAUUUUUAUUGUACAUAUAUAGAAAUAUUUGUUUGUUAAUAAAAAAUUUUAUAUACAUUUUUAUGUAUGAAUUAUAGCUAA